AUGGCUGCCCCCAUUGCUUUAUCCUCGGAUGCGGAGCUCAUCGCACGCGAACCGUUUCAUAUGCGCCCAGUCAGCACGACCUGGACCUUCCCGAAAGGCCGCAUCGGCACCGUCGUGAACCGUCCGCGCUCAUUUGACGAUGACGAACUCAUGGCACGCUCGUUCGACGACGAAUUGUACGCGCGGGAUGCGCCUCCCGUGGCAGGCAGUGAAGCGGUCAACUGGAAGAAGGUCGGUAACGUCGCAGGCAAGAUCGCCGGCGGUGUGGGCAAGGUCCUCUCCUUCCUUAAGCGCGAAGACCAGGAGUUGCUCGCCCGCGCGAUUGAGGACGAGCUGAUCGCGCGCGAGCCGCUGGUACCCGGCCCAAUCAGCUUCAUCCCGAUGAACACUGGCCUACGGUGGACAAAAGGCCGUAUGGGUACCGUCGUGAACCCUCUGCGCUCGUUCGACGAUGAUGAACUCAUGGCACGCUCCUUCGACGACGAACUGUACGCGCGCGAGGCGCCCCCCGCGGCAGGCAGUGAAGCAGUCAACUGGAAGAAGGUCGGCAACGUCGCAGGCAAGAUCGCCGGCGGCGUAGGCAAGGUCCUCUCCUUCCUCAAGCGCGAAGACCAGGAGCUGCUCGCUCGCGCGAUUGAGGACGAGCUGCUUGCCCGCGAGCUGCCGCUUCACGGUCCAAUCAGCAUGAUCCCGACCAACAUACGGUGGACGAAAGGCCGCAUCGGCACUGUCGUGAACCCUCCGCGCUCGUUCGACGACGACGAACUUAUGGCGCGCUCAUUUGACGACGAGCUGUACGCGCGCUCGGACUUCGUGCUGGAUGAGCUUGACUGA